AUGUCAGAGAGUGCAUCAGCGAAUGUGAAAACUAGAUUCCUGGUUUUUUCCGACACACAUGGGCUUGAUACUCCACCAAACUUUGUCUCGCGCCAUUAUGCGGAUGUCGCAAUUCACUGCGGAGAUCUCACUACCGAAUCGAAAAUCGAUGAGUACAAAGCUUCGAUCCGUUUCCUCCAAGCCGUGAACGCCCCGCUUAAACUUGUGAUCGCCGGUAAUCAUGACUUCACUCUGGACACUCCAAUGUUCCAGAAAAAGGUCGCGGAAGCCCAACCCUUAGAUCCUCAACUAGUUCAAAAAGUCUACGGCAACUAUGAAGAAGCUCGAGGGUUAUUCGAGAAAGAAACAGAUAUCACUUUUCUAGAUGAAGCCCGUACACCCCAUCACUUGGGGAUUGGGGGUUUCAAUAUCACCCCGAGCGCGGACAUGACUUUCGAAUUGAGAAUGUCGAUGUCGUGA